UUUUCAAGUCGUUUAUGGCGAAUACUAAAAUGUAAAUAGCUGUCUCGCUUAUCAGAAUCGAAUAAGAAAUAAUACGUACGAUUUUGGACGAUUUUCACAGUUUAUCACGCGGUGUUCCAUUGUGGCUACAGCCAUCUAGAUUCUGACAUAUACUAAUUGGAUAGUUAUGAAAAGUAUAUAAGCAAACUUUGGAAUUCUACGCAUACGAGGAAAACGGAAGAGUUUAUGUCAUUUCAUACGCCAGUAACAAUGAUUUCGAGGCACAUCACAACUUUCUUUAUUGCAUGCUGUUUGGUCAUAUCUGAUGCAGCAGUCAUUAAGAGUCGUUCCAAAUUUGACUUUCCAACAAAUCUUAUAGGCUUGAAUGACACGGCUGAAGAAUGGUUGGAUCCUUACUCAGACGUUAACGAUCUUGCUGACUUUGGCAAAGAUUUGUUUGACGGUAUAGCUCCACGGCACGUCAUAGAUGCUUUAAUAAACGCGACCGCCUCGUCUGAUCCAUUCGCAAAUCAAUACACCGAACCGUCCGGAUCACCAAGAUUGCGGACAGCAAUUGCUAAAACCUUUUCACCUCUAAUCGGUCAGGAGUUAAAUGGCGAAGACAACGUUUUGAUAACAGUGGGCGCUACCGAAGCUCUUCGAGUAGCCGUUCUCGGACAUACAAUGCCUGGAGACGAGUGGAUUGUCAUCGAGCCGACUUACAUUAAAUAUAUACCAGACAUCAAAAUGGCUUGGGGUGUACCCAGACUGUCACCUUUAAAAUUGGUCAAAACUAAUGGAACGAUUAGUGGAGACGACUGGUUAAUCGAUAAGGAACAACUGGAAAGUUUGUUCAAUAAAAAUACCAAAGGGAUUAUGCUAAACAAUCCGUUAAAUCCUCUCGGAAAAGUAUACCAACGAGAGGAAUUGGAAUUCAUUGGUAACUUGGCCAAAAAGUAUGACACUAUAGUUAUAAGCGACGAAGCCCACGAAUGGAUGACUUUUAAGCCACAUAUUAGAAUGGCAUCACUGCCAGGAAUGUUCGAACGAACCAUCACAAUCGGCAGUGCAAGUAAAAGUUUCAGCGUGUCUGGCUUCAGAGUCGGUUGGGCUUACGGUCAUCCAAACCUCCUCAACCAUUUAAAAGUCGCACAUUUACCGAAUGUUGCGUGCGCGCCUUCGCAUUCACAGUAUGCUGUAGCCUACGCUUUCGAGGAAGAACAACGUAAUCCUAUGUUCUUCGCGAGUCAUUCACAGUCGGUCAAAGAAGAACGAGAUAUGAUGGUGAAAAUGCUUACCGAGGCGGGUUUGGAUCCUGUUAUUCCCAACGCUGGAUUUUGUAUGAUAGGUAAUUGGUCAUCGUUGCGACAGAGAGUACCUAAACUUCGCACUGCCAUGGACUUCAUCAUUUGGAUGAUUGAGAAUGUCGGUGUACUUGGAUGGCCACUUGAAAUGUUCUACGGAAAGGAGCACAAACACAUGGCUCAAGAUUAUGUACGAUUUUGUUUUCAUAAGAACAUCAGUACUCUUGAGAAGGGCGCACAAAAGUUCAAGAAGAUGAAAACUGUCAUUACUCCAACUGUUAAUGUAUGAAAAAUGAUUGUUUUACAUAAAUUGCAAGAUAUGUGUUUGUAAAUGAUCAGGCAUAAAAUUAAAAACAAUAUUUUGUGAAUGUUUCUCAA